UUUCCUCACAACCUCGUCGCCCCUACCACGUAAACUCUCGCCGGUGAUUUAGCCACCACCACCUUGUCAUAUUCAUAACCUUCCUAAAAAAAAAAAAAAAAGGACCUUUUUUGAUCUAUAAAAGGCACGUGCUUUAUGCACAAUCACUCACCAAAACCUUCACAGCUGCUUAGAUCCCCAGAGAAAAAGAAUGGUUUCCUUCAAAGUUGCUUUUUUUUUGUUUGUGGGGUUGAUGGUCGGAGCUUCUAAAGCUCAGCUGUGCCCGACGUUCUAUGACGACUCAUGCCCCGACGUAUCGGACAUUGUGCGCGGUGUGGUGCAGCAGGCUUUGGAGACCGACGACCGAGCGGGCGCCAGACUCAUUCGCCUUCACUUCCAUGACUGCUUCGUGAAUGGGUGUGAUGGAUCAGUUUUACUAGUGAACCAAACGGGAGUAGUGAGUGAGCUUGGCGCUCCUGGAAAUGCAAAUAUUACAGGAUUUAACAUUGUUGAUGACAUCAAAGCUGCCCUCGAGGAGGCUUGUCCCGGUGUUGUUUCUUGUGCCGACAUCUUAGCCUUAGCUUCCGUACAUUCGGUUUCUUUGGUGGGAGGACCCUUUUGGGAGGUUCAACUGGGACGAAGAGACAGGCGAAGGGCCAACUUACAAGGCGCAAUUGACGGGCUUCCAACUCCCUUCGAAAAUGUUCAAGAACUUAAAGAAAAGUUCGGCAGAGUGGGUCUUGAUUCUACUGAUCUUGUUGCUCUAUCUGGGGCCCACACAUUCGGGCGUUCGAGAUGUCGGUUCUUCGACAGACGUUUGAACGUUUCGAGCCCAGACAACACACUGGACGCCUCAUAUGCAACCCAGCUCCGUCAAGCUUGCGCUAGCAGCAGAGACACGUUCUUGAACCUCGACCCCACCACUCCCGACGACUUCGACAACAACUACUACACCAACCUUCAGUCCAACUUCGGCCUUCUCGGCAGCGACCAGGUCCUGUUCUCCACUCCCGGCGAGGACACCGUGGACAUCGUCAACAUGUUCGCCGGCAGCGAGCAGCAGUUCUUCGACAGCUUCGGGCAGUCCAUGAUCAACAUGGGAAAUAUCAGCCCUUUAACUGGUGAGCAGGGAGAAAUUAGGUGCAACUGCAGAAGACUCAACUGAAAUGAAAGCCCUCCAUUACGCAGCUUCUGAGCAUAUACAUAUGAAUAUCCAGUUUGUGGUGGUCUUAUUAAUUGUCAUCGUAAAAAAAGAUGGGAUUAUUAUUUCUCUAUAAUUUUCUUCCAUAAAUGUUCAAUACAAGUGUCUUUCUACGUUACCUUACAUUA